AUGGAUAAGGGUGAAAAGUAUGUGGUGGAUGUAUUCAAGAGAGACUGCUCUUGUAGAAGAUGGCAGCUUACUAGCAUUCCUUGUCCCCAUGCUAUUUCUGCUAUAAAUCAUAGACAAGAAGAUGCAUAUGACCAUGUUGAUGAGUGCUAUAAGAAGGCCAAGUUCUUAGCUGCAUAUGAGAACAUGAUGAUGCCGAUUCGGGGAGAGAAAUUUUGGAAAAAGACUAAUGGGGAACCACCUGAACCACUUCCAGCUAGGGUGAAGCCUGGUAGACGUAAACAGAAAAGAUCAAGGGAGGAAGAUGAGGUGGCAAGUGGAACUAGGAUGUCAAGGAUAGGAAUGAAGAUGACAUGUCGAACUUGCUCGAAGAUGGGACACAACAGUUCAACAUGUCCAAUUAAGAAGAUUGGCUCUACAUCUUCGCAAACACAAUUUUCAAGGCAAAAAAUUUUGGUUCAAAGACGUACUAGUAAAGGUGCAAGUGGUAGUGGUGGUGGCCAUACUAGUGUGAAUCCUCUUGCUCAAGUUAAGAGUACAAGUGCUAGAAGUAGCUCGAAGAAGCAAAAGCGAUGA